GUUACCAGUGCCUUGGCUGCUAUUUGGCAUAAUCUACCGCGAACCUGUGGAAGUGAAUUCAACGGGAAUGGUUUGCUCUAUCACCAUUCUGUUCAUGAUGCUGCUCUUCGUGAUUAUGUCCAUCGCCAUGUUCAGGUGGCGAAUGAAUAAAGGUCUAGGAUUCACAAUGUUUCUUCUCUACGUUGCGUUUGUGGCCGUCUCGCUCAUGUUCGAGUACAAAUUCAUCGCGUGUCCGUUCUAAUGGCCAGUAUCGUUCAACAUUGGACAACAUAUUCGUAGCUAAUUAUAGUGGGUAAACUGGUUUUUCACAGACCAAGAAAGUUUUCAACUUAUCUCUAAUGCUAUUAUGUAUAUUAUUAGUUCAUAUAUUAGUUUCCAGUAGCUAAGAAACGACAACUUUAUAUUAGAAAUUUUGUAAUUCAUUCCUGCCUUACUAUUGACACAGGAGAUAACUUUAAUCCACUAGCAAAGCCUGAUGGUAAUCCAUAAAUGACCAUCUAUGAUGAAUAAAAAAGUGACAGCUUUUUAAUCAAUACCAAAGGCAAACAUAUCCAGGACAACUGAUUGCUGUCGACAAAAAAUAACAAAAAUCUAAUAAAGUAUUGCUUGCAAUAAGAAAGAAUGGUUUUCAUAAUAAGGUCUACCAUUCUGGUCUUCCCAUUUCGAGAUCAUAAGAUAAUGGUAAAUUCGAUAAUUUUAAUUUUAGGCCUCCAUUGAAUGUUCAUUGUUGGGAUUGUAUUGAUGAACUAGAAUUAGAUCUCAGUGCGAUUUAGAUGCAACUCGAUUUAGAUUUAACAAUCAGGAUGGCACUUCACGUUUCAUGCAAAAACAUCUAAAAUAUCUGCAAAAUCUACCCAUAAAACAUUUCUUUUUUGUUAAUUUACGUAUUGUUAACUUGAGUAGCGAUUGAAAGCGAUUUCAACCUUGUUUAAAAAAACGGAUUCAAAUGGAUGUUAUUAAUAAUUAGCAACAUAUAUUCUGUUUGCAGAAACACUUAGGAGGAACUGGAAUUACUAAAUAUCCAAAUAAUAAUAAAAUAUCAGUACAAUACAAAUUCGUUAAUCCAGGGCGAUUAAUUUGAAUAAAAAAAAUCACAAAAUUGUGAGAAAAAUAGUUUUAUCUAUUUUGUCUAUCUUCUUAUCAACAUCCAAAAAUUAUAUUUUUGCCAUCAGUCUUACUUUUUUUCAGGAACAAUGAUUUAUUCGUGUUCGUUCCUUAGUUUAUGAUUUGGACCUUCAUUCAAACCUGCAUUCAUUACUGAAUUAAUCAUUUCUUCCUCUGUUACAUCAUGUAAGGAAUUGUUUUUUAUCGCCCAAUAUUUCUUCCCUUGUCAAUUGGCUUUCAGGAUGCAAUAUUCAUAUGGAAUCUAUAACAGGUCUUCAUUUUACAGACGUUUUUGGAGUUCUGACCAGAGAUGCGGUAAACGGUUAUUUUUCUGUAACAGGUUCCGACGUUCCAGUUUCACUUUGGUAGUAAGUUUCUUAUAGGUAACUUAUUUUCUUGUUUUUUUUUUCGUGGCGUCCGUACCGAUGUGUUUAAAGAAAAAAAAUAUACGCCAGUGUUUAUUAUGAAGUUCUUUAUUUUUUCGCAAUACGUAUAACAAACAAUACAGUUGUUGAAUUAAUUAUUUAAAGUGAGUAAACACCUUCCUUGGUUAAAUGGUUGAUGAUUUAGCGGCCAUUUUUUGAAAACCUUCUAGUUUUUGCAUUACUAGGCCGAGGUCUAUAUCAAGACCAAUCAUCAAAUUAUAUCCCUUUAUAGAAGUGUUAACCUUAAACCGCCCAAAUCAGGACUUUCGACAUUUUAUAUCUCCAAUUGCAUCAUUUUACAGCCAAGUCGAGCAUCAACACAAACGCAAUUAAUGUUUCUUAAGUUUAAGGAAAAUAAUAGUAUCACGCACACUACGGAUUUUAAUAAAGUCCUUCUUAUUUCAAAUGAAAAUUGCAAAACCGAGAUCAUCUAGAUCUAAUUCUGGGCAUCAUACUAUUUCCACAGACUUUGGAACAACUUCGGAAAUUCUAGAUUUUCUAGUCCUAGAUAUCUAGAACAUUUUUUUCUAAUUAGAUUGAAAUUGAUGAAUGAAUUAUCCAUCACAACUCACGUAGGUGAUCCGCUUUUUAUCACUAAUUUUGAUGAGUUAUCCACAAAUGUUCAUUCCAUAUGUACAAGCCAUCUGUGAAUAGGCUCCAAUAUUUGUAGGUGCAGAAAUGAAAUAAUGCAUAAUCUUGAUUGAUCUGAUUCAGGUGUUUCUUGGCUCACAUCUUUUCUGUCACUUUUUAAAAACACCAAUUACUGUGAAAUAUUGUAAAGGCACUUGUUACUCAUGUGUCACAUAAUCUUCUUACUGGUCAACAUUGAGUAGAGCUGAAUCUGAGAAUGGUUAUUCUAUACAAUAUCGGUAUUCAAAGCUUUCAGCAGCAAGUUAUUUAUAGUAAAACUGUACAUUUUUAUUCGGGAUUAUUAUUAAUCCAAGUAUUUGUUUAUUUACUUUUUUAUCCGAUGCCAUGUAUGCAUUUUGAUAUUUUAGAAGAUCUACAAAGACGUUUUGGUAGAAAUAAAGUGGCAUGUAGACGUAUCCCCGACCAUAUAGCAAUAAUGAGCUAGUUAUUUUUCCUUCAAUAGGGGAGAUUUUAUACCGUAAAACGAAGUAAGUUUAAACAUUUUUUUUACUUUGAUACUUGAUAGAUUGUCAUAGUGGAAUGUAGGCGUUCUUAAUGAUAAAACUACAUUGUAUCGGUAAAGAGCAACGGAAGCAUAUUGUUAAUAUUUACUAAUUGGACAUCUAAAUUUUAAUCGCUGAACUUUUAGCAAUCGUUUUAACGAUUAGAAAGUCGAUUUGUAUUUGUAAUUUUACCAAUUGCAUAUCAGAAAACAACAUAUAUCUGAUUCUUAGAACUAAGUCUAAAUAUAUAAUUAAGAAAAUGAAUCGUCAUUAAAAUCAAGCAUGUAUCAAGAUUACUAACAACAUAAAAUCGUGGCUCAAAAAGUAAAAAUUUAGCAAUUAAACUUUAGAUAAGCCGUAAAAAUAAACUUCCCGAAAAUGAUGCGUAUGGAAAUACGAAUAAUAAUUAGAGAAAAACUAGCUGAAAUAUACAUACAUAUCUAGUUGUAGAUAAUUAUGUUUCUAGUAUGAUAUAAAUUGUAGAAAGUAAAAUUGUAAAUAUAGUUAAAAUGUUUUAUGGCACUUAAGUCUAACCGAUCUUCACUAAAAGUGCCUAUUGUUACUUUGUUUUACACUAAGUGAUAAGAUUGUAUUAAUAGGAAGCGCAUUAGUCGGUAACUGGGAUUCUUACAAAUUUAUUUUACUUCAUUCUACAUCGGACUCGAUGUCUAAAGUGAAUCAAAUUCCGGAUCGUGCUUAAAGUCGAAGCACAAUUUGUCCUGCACAAAAAUAAUAAAUAGGAUCCAAUAAUUUAUAUUUGUGCUAUGCAAAUCUUAUUAGACGGUCUGCAUAGGUCGUAACUGCACUUGGCUAUCAUAGAAAAUUAAUUGGCCACGUCUUCAACAUUACUUAUUCAAAAACAUGUUUAGGAUUUAAUGCAGUCAAAGAGAUGUUCAGCACUUAUAAAAGUGGUUCAAUUACAAAAGGGUCAAAUCAACUUGACUAUUCACAAAACCUAAUAUACAUAUGUAUAUUUAGUUUAAAUUGUUUUAAAACUUUCAAUGUAUAAAAUUACGAAAAUGCACUUAUCCAACAUCUAAAUAAUGUAAAAUUAAAGAUGAACAACUUUGAAACAAGGUUUUUGCUGGUUCAAAAACUCAUUCUUUUUUAAAUAGACUUGAUAUGGAAUGGUAGUUGGUAGAUCUAAUACAAAAUAUCGAUUUAAAAAAAUACCAAAUGUAAAUGUUCUUACAAAAUACAUGAACCGAAACCCAUAUUAUCCCAUAUAUGGACCAUGGCUUAAUUUUUUUAUAAUGUUAACAUAAUAAGUUGAUCGAGAAGUUAGAAAACUCGCGCCCCGCAUCUGUCUGUUAUUGAUUUCAACAACUCUUUCUAGGUCCUCUGUGGUGUGCAUACAACAUGCACACGUAUGUUGAGUUGAGAGUGAGAAUGAGUGAGAAGUGAGAAUUUAAACACUAAUAUCUCAAAACAGCUAUAUUCGCAACUUUAGGUAAAGGUGGCAAAGUUGAAAAAAUCGAUUCCGAAAAAUCUGAUAUCAAAAUGAAAAUUUCACUGAUUUCGUAAACUUAAUUUUGGUACAUAUCCAACCCAAACCCAAUAAAGGUUUUCGUCUUUGAAGUCCACAAAAUAUUAGAUUUAUAAUCGUGAUUUAUGAUCGAAAAUUUUCUGUAACGGAAGUUAAGGACAAAUAUCAUUUUACUGGAAAGAGAUUUUUGCUGCAUAAAACAGACCAAAAAACUUUUUUUCACAUAAACAUGAACGAGACAUAAAUUUCCUCAGUGAAUCAAUACCGCAAAAUUAGUAUGAAUUAUCUAAAAAAAAACAUGCUAAAUAUCAGCUCAAUUAUAUGGAAACCCACAUUUUACAUUUUAAUUAAAAGGAAAUUUCUUAUUAAUUUACCCUGUAUUACAGCUUCUGAAUAACGGGAUCAUACAGGCAUACAAGAACUUUGAGGUCUGCAAUCGCAUAUAGUAUAAGGGUACACAUGCAUAAAAAUGUCGAGCAAAGUCUAAUAAUAGCAAGCAGCAACCAUUUUGGGUGCUUAGAGCAUUAAACAAUCUAAGAAUUCUAAAAAUAUUACUUAACUAAACAAUUAAAACUUAUCGUUUGAUCGAGGUCCAGAACAUUUUAUGCGGAUGAUCCAGUUGCAUUUUAAUUUUGGUUGGCUGUUCAUAAGGUAGAACUACCCGUAAAUAGAAACUUUGUACGCUAUGUACAUUUACAUUUGGUAUAAAUGAAAAUACGUUAAAAAGCAAUACUAGAGGACAUGCUAGAGUCAAACACUUACUGUUGAAAUUUAACUUAGCGCCGUGUGUUUAGAGCAUAACGUUACAAGCAAAAUCUCAAAAAAUUGUGGGGAAUAUGUAUUACAUGAAUCUCGUAUGAAACUGCUCGGACAGAGCAUUUACAUGUAAUAUAAUGAUGUUUAACUGGGACGUCCAGGACUAAUGGAAACUGAUUUCCAUUCUGUUAAGUAAAAAUACUUGAUAUAAUUCUCGCAUUUCUGUUGCUUAUAGUAACCCGUUGAUAAGCCGUUUACAGCAUUUUGCUCAUAUUGAGCAGUGUAAAUUGUGUAAAAAUGUCUCUCCGGACUUAUAUAAUUAUGUUAAAUUUGUUUUUAUUAGAUAAAGUUGUCUGUUAUCAAAAUAGUAUUUCUAAGUGUUCAAAUAACAAAUCCAUUUUACCAUUGCAUUGGCAAAAUUAAAUUUGGAGAAAACAAGAAAAAGCAUGCACUUUUUUAAGGCUUCAACAAUAGUCGUUUUAUACUAGUGCUUGUAAACUUAGGCAUAUGACUGAGAUGACAAAACCUAGUUAAAUGUAUCGAGAUACAUUAAUGUGCAACAAAAUUAAGUGAUUAAAGUAGAUAAUGUAAUAUUAAAAUAUUGUAACUGAAAAACUAGUCCAGUAAAAUAUGCAUUAGACUCGUUAAAACAAUAUUUUCGCUUGCGACACUCUAUCUUCUAUCUCUAAGAAGUUAACUUUUACUGUUUCCAAGUAUGCAUAGAUUUUACAAGUUGCAGUAAAAGCACAAUAAAAUGUUGAUUAAUUCAAUAUAAAAUAUCAAUGUAAAAAUAGAUUAUAGAAAACAAAUGUUUGGCAAUGUUUGAUACAUAAUGAUUAUAUAAUGUUUGUGAUCAAAUAUCAACUUAAAAUGCGAAAUGGUUUAAUAAUUAUAUACAUAUAUAACUAAUAGGUGUAUACUAACGAUACAAUGUUAUCGUGCCAGUUUGUGUGAAUUUAAUCAUGCGGAAACAAGAUUUUUUCGAAAUUGAACCCUCACAAUUUUAUUAGUUAUAUGUGUACCUACACGCAGAUUUUCGCACGAUGAUGUAAACAUUUUGAUCUAUUGAGUCGAGUGUUGAACUAAGAUAUUGCAUCAUCCCUAUUAAGGGCACGUUUACUUAAAUAUGCGCUCAAUCUUGAAAGUGUUACCCGUAUAUUAACUUUCACGAUAAAAUUUUUAAAAUAAGAGUUUGUGUUUUCUCUUAGCGUAACCAGAAGACACAAAUUUGGGAUUUUUAAUAGGAAAACGAUUUAGAUAAAAGAUAUUCCUUCCUUUAAAGGUAAUAGGUACUGGUGCUGUCGCUUAGUUCUUGAUUUAGGUAAAUGGAUAGAAAAUUUGUUACAAAGAUUUAAUUCGACAAUUAUUUAUAAGCCAAUCCAAAACAUAUCUGAUUAGGCAUAACUUAUUUGCUGUGUCGUAAUCGGUCCAAUUUUCCAAUGAAAUGUUUGUGCAAACAUCUUAACUAGUUUAUACGAAAUUUAUCACAAAAAUAUAUAUGCUUUAUUACCUACUAAUCAGAGUUGAUCAACACUCCUUAAUUUAAAUGCGUGCAAAACUUUCUAUUAUUUUUGUUAAUUUACAUUAAACUAUUAUUUAUUGUAUUUCUUUGUUGUUGAAAAGUUGAAACAUGUUUAACUGAUAACGAAAUCUAUUAAAUAGAAAAAUCAGUAUUGUUCUAUAACUUAGAGGAAAAUAUAAUUCAGCUUUUUUCGCCUGCGCUCUAUUUCGUUACCUAAUAAAUAAAUAAAAUCUAAGACUUGGCAAUCCAUUGCAUUCAGUAUUGCAUUGCAAGCAAGUCGAAAAGGAAAAUAAGUAAAUAUACCCAAAAUGUGUGAAACCAAGGAACUUAUCUCCUAUAUGGUGAUUGUAUUAAUGAAAAAUUUAAGUU